AUGGACACGCUGCGGGAGCAGUAUGGGUACACGGACCCGGCCGACGGCAGCGACUCGUCCAGUGCGGAGGAUUCGGACGAGGCGGGCUCCAGCUCCAAGACGAGGAAAGCCAGCAAGAAGUGGCGCAGCAAGAAGUUCCAGUCGCUGCUCUCAUGGAAGAAGCGUGAGAAGCCGCAGCAGACGCUGACCAAGAUCACGCUGCGCCCGCCGAGCGAGCGGAGUCUGGUCGGCGGGGACCGGGGCGGCUGCUCCCCGCCGGCGCCGCGGCUCGUGCUCCAGGUGCGGGAGGCGUGCUCGGCCGCCGGCCGGCCGGUCCAGACGCCGUCCGGGCCGGCGGCCCGCAGUCCCGUGUCGGCCCGGGCCGCCAGUCUGACCCCGCUGUCCGUCUCCCCCGCCGUGUCACCGACCGUCCGGCCGACUCCGUCCGGCGGGCGGCCCGGCUCGGUGCGGCUGGGACAGGGCGCCGCCGCCGCCGCCCCGGCCUCGCCCGGCAGGUCGCCGCUGCUGGCGCCGCCACCGCCGCCCUGCCGGCCCCGCUCUCUCAGCCUGCAGCCCGACAGCGCGCACAGGUGUCCGUCGGGCGGUUCCCGCCUGGCCCCCGGCCCGCAGCGCCUCUCCCUGCGGCUGUGCGUGUCGCCGUCCCAGCGCCCGCCGCCGCCCGGCCGCGGUCAGCUGCCCAACUCGUCCCUGCGGCUCAGCCAGCCGGCCGGCCGCGCGCUCAGAGCUCCCGACGUCACUGAGCCGCCCGACGUCAGCGCGCCCGCCGACAGUGACGUCACCGAGUGUGACGCCACCAGCCGGGAGGCGGCCGCGCUGCGGGGACUGAAACUGAGCGAGGACCUCCCUAAACAGAGCGGUGUCGGGGGCACCGUGAAGAAGAAAAAGAUGAAAGCGAAGAAGGGAAGAAAGGUCAAGGUAAAGCCGAAAGUAUCGAAGUGA